GAAGCUCCAGAUCUGAGAUCUGCUCCCAAUGAGGAGGAGGCUUCCCGGGAGCGUCUCUCUCCUCCUCUGGGGUCCAUCCCUGAUCUCUCCACCAGGGCUCCGCUGCGCCCACAUCCCCACCGAGCUGCAACUUGGACAACACGUUUCUUCUCCUCGCGUCUUUUUCACCGAAUCGCUCCCGUGGAAGUUGAGGUCGCUGCUGAUGCUGCACGAGGAGGAGCUGAGAACCAGAGGAACCGACACCAGUUGAGGAAGGGACGAGGCAGCAGAGGUUUCAACGCCGCCACAGCCUCACAGGGAUGGGCCUCCUCGCCACUCGCCGCCCUGCACUCUCCAACACCCUCUGAUCCACGUGGCCCCUGGGACAUGGGAGGCACUGGGAGUGGAUGACACCAGCACAAAGCACUGGGUUUUAGCUUCUGGGUUGUUCUGACCACUCGCUGAGAUGAAACCACAGACCUACCAGUUGCAGAUCUGAUCCCAAAAGACUCUCGCACCUCGCCCGCCGCCGCCACACGCCUCCCACCCAAACCAAUGCUACAUCGCCAAGAGCAUGGGGUGCGUCAAAUCCAAGAGGAGUGACCCCGGGGCCCGGAAUGCAAACUCCACAGAGAAGACGCUCAGUAGAUCCCGGGGCGAGAAGGCCUACCUGGUCCAGUCGGAGAUGGGCGCGGCGGAGGUCAGCCCGGUGCUGCUGGAGUACGCCCAGCGGCUCAGCGAGGAGAUCGUGGCCCGGGCCGUGCAGCAGUGGGUGGAGGUCGACUGCCGCUACAGUGACAUCCCUUACAUCGAGUGUGACGUGCCAUGACAGGGGAAGGUGGGUCACGUGGAAGAGGCCGGGUUGAGCCCAGACUGCACCGGGGGUCGAGGUCAACAGGCUCACACACAUUUGUUCAGAGUGAAUCAUUCAGGCGUCUACCUGCUGCGGGCGGGAAUAUGAACGAGCUGCCAGAAAUUCAGAUUUGACCUCUUCCCAGAAUUGGAUUAUACUGGGAGAGCGCUCUAAAGCCCUGGUCCUGGGCGACCACAGCACUCUGAUCCUGCCCAUGUUUGUGUGAUUAUCUGUUUCAAAGCUGGAGCCUUACAGAGCCGAGCAUCUUCAGUUGGAAUAUCGUCUUUCCUCGGACCCUAAACCCCCCCCCCCCUCUACAGCGGGCUUUGGCUCUGCCUGGCUGGACUCGUGACGCAAAGCAAGAUAUUUCCUGGAAUCAUAAUGUUCCUGUUUGCCCGUGAAAGUCUAUCCCGUCCAUUGAUGCCGCACCGGGGGGGGGGGGGGGGCAAAGCUGUCUCUUCUUACAGGGGGAGUUAUUAAUAGAUCCCCUCAUUGGGUGAAGGCCCCUCGUUUUGAAAACCUCCACCCGUCUCACCAGGACCUGAACACACCCAGCUCUCCGGAUCCUUCUGGUCCCACCAAAAAGUCCCCCGGGCUGGAGCUCUUCCCUGUAAUGGCCUCCCCGGAGAUCCUGUGGCAGGAGCCGCUACGAGGAGCAUCCUCCUCAGCCCCCCCCCCCCACUGUCAUUAGGCAGCCUCGACCGCAGCCCCUCCCUCCACCGGGACCUUCCUCUUAACAGUGUGUACUCCAGGAUGUUCUGUGUACACAAGUUGCAGUUUAAGAACUUUGACUCGGACUCGUAGCAAAAAAGCAGCGCAGGAUACUUUUAAAAAAAAGGAUUUACCCAAAGUUUAAAACAUUUAAACAAAACAAGCAGCUCCAGGUUUUCUGCUAAAAUGUUGUAAUGUGUCAACGUUGUGAUGAUGUACUAACGGCUCACCUAGACAUACUGCCCCCCGCCCUCCAGGGGGCAACAGCACAAAUAAUCUGAUCUAUAUUUCGGUCCCUUGCUGUAAGGCAGAGGGCAUCGAGAACAACACACACCACAGGACAGAGUAGACACAUUUGGAAUAGUUCAGAACCACCAACGUCCUUAAUGAAUGUGAACAAGAGCCGUGUCAUCAGAGGUCUGGUCGUCACUGGACCGAGGGAGAGUGAAGGUCCCGACCGAGGCCUCGGAAGACAAAUAUCUAACUGAUGUCAGUGGGAUUUACCCAUAAUUCACCUGUUUGCUGAGACAUCGGCUCAGACCGUUGUUACAAUCUCUAUGAAGUAACUGUAAAGAUCCAGCAGAGCAGCAGGAGCCAGUGAGAAUCCUCCCACACAAGCUCAGAAGCCAUAAAAACAGUGGCAGGUAAUUGUCACCACUUGCCUUCUCUAAUAACAGCAGCAUGAAACCAGUCAUUGCUGAUGAGUGACAGUCGAACACAGAGGCUGUUUCAGUGAGGAGCAGCAUCACUGAAUAAACCAGGAGCUUUAUAUGAUUUGAAAUCUACAGCUGAACAAGCCGUGGUGUUUCAGAGGUGGUUGAUCUGAAGGUUCCUCAAUCCCAUCGCUGCAAAAGUGAACACAAGCGAAACAGAACUUGCACUAAUCUGAAUCGACAGAUUAAUUCCUGGGCUCGCCCCAAACGUGUUGUGAGAGCAGCACAGAUUAAAGACGACACUGUUGUCCAUAUGCCAUAUUCCUAAAUCUUAAUCAGAUGCCAGUUGUUGUGUUGGAAUGAAACGACGAAGGCUGAUCUCAAUGCAGCGUGGAAAGAAACGUCUUCAUUUUAUAAUAAUAAUAAUGUUGAUUUGAACUCAUUGGUCACAAUCACUGCUCUGACUCUGCUGAUGUCAGAUGUUACGGAAUCAGAAAUGUUUCAUUUCCUGUGUGAGAAGUUUUUUUUAAUGUUUUUUUUUUUUACAAACUGUGGUAUCAUCUGUUUUUAUCAGUUCACUAACGUUCGGCCAUUGAACUGAGUCACAGUUCUGUGUCUCCACUACAAAGAGUCUGGAUUCAGACCCUGUGUGAACCUGUCUUCAUUUGGUUGUGAAGACACUCAUUGACAUAAGGCCCUCCCUAGCCUCUUGCCCUAACCCUAAGCAUUACAACUAAAUGCCUAAACCUAAUACUAACCCUUAAACCUCUAAAAGUCUUUACCUUCCAAAAGCCAAUUUAAUUUGUGAGGACCAGCCAAAAAUGUCCUUUUUGAACCAAACAUUGUCUCAUAACUAUAGACACACACACUUAAUUCAUCUGUCAAUUAUUUUGUUGACCAGCGAUCAGGAACACACUUCUUUGUGUGUUCAGAUCUGACACCUGCAGAGGAAUGUCAGAUCUUAAGAACAAUAAAUUGUAGCCCCAGUUUAAAUUUAAAAUGUUCUUUGAUUUCCAGUGGACUCCCUGCACUACAAGUCUUGAUGAAGUCAAGCAAGUAAAUGACCUCAGUGUAAGAACUAUUCAUUUGUUCAGCACCUUGAUCGAGUUAAGAAAGUUAACGAGAUGAAUCACCUGAUCCACGACAGGAAGCAAAGAAAACAGGAGCUGACUGAAAGUGGUAAAUGAACCUGUCAGGCUGUGAGGAUUAUUAAGUGUGAGUGCGUAUUCCCACAUUACAAUAUUCAUUUAACAUGCAAACGGUUCCAAGUGUAAAAAUCUAAAGAUGCCAAUAAAACUGAUCUAUGCCUUC